ACUUUUUGAUAAUUUUGUGCUGGAUAAUGCUAUUUUUGACAUAAAAAGUAACCUAUAUAUCUCUCCCUGUUUCUAAAUGACCUUUCCAUAUCAAUAUUAAACUUUAUCAAGUUCAUUUUUAGAAAAUUUCAUAAUAAUAUUAACCAUGGCAUCACAAUAUGACGACAACUAUCCAAAGGAACAUCCACGAAAUUUAAUUCCGGCAUUAUGUAGACAAUUUUACGAAUUGGGAUGGGUUACAGGAACCGGUGGCGGGAUUAGUAUUAAACUUGUAGAUGAAAUAUAUAUUGCUCCAUCUGGAGUACAGAAAGAGCGAAUUUGUACCAACGAUUUGUUUGUACAAAACAUUGAUGGGCAAGAUUUGAUUUUACCACCGGCUGAAAAAAAAUUGAAAAAGAGCCAAUGUACUCCACUAUUUAUGUGUGCAUAUACUGCACGUAAUGCAGGUGCUGUGAUUCAUACACAUUCCAAAACUGCUGUUAUGGCUACGUUAUUAUUCCCUGGAAAAGAGUUUAAGUGCACUCACUUGGAAAUGAUUAAGGGAAUCAAAAACCAAAAAUUAAAAAGAAAUUAUAAUUAUGAUGAAGAGUUAGUGGUACCAAUUAUCGAAAAUACUCCUUUUGAAGCUGAUUUAACUGAAAGAUUAGCUCAAACAAUUCAAGAAUAUCCCGAAACAUGUGCAGUUCUUGUCCGAAGGCAUGGAAUAUACGUUUGGGGUGAUACUUGGCAGCAAGCUAAAACAAUGACUGAAUGCUAUGAUUAUUUAUUUGAUAUAGUAGUACAAAUGAAACUUCAUGGGAUCGAUCCUUCGCUAACACCUGACAAGUACGAGCUUAAAUAUCAAAAAGAACAUGAAAAGUAAUUUUUUAUUAUUCUUAUAAAUGAUUAUAUAACUUCUGUGCCAUUUAUAU